UCAAACACAACCAAGCCACUUGAAACAAGCACGCUCUCUCAUCAGGGAUGGAUAUAAAGGGAGGGGGAGAGGAGAGAAGAGGCUCUCCCCGACCACAACACUUGUAACAGGAACCAACCUACCAUCAUUAUCAUGACUCCUGUAACAGCUCCAGCUGAUACCCAACUAUCCCAGUGCAGGGUGUUUCUCAAAGGCGAGCCCAAAGCAUUGGGGAUUGUGCAGAUCAUGAUCGGAGUCAUGACCUUCUUGUUCGGAAUCAUUUUAACCACAUCUUAUUUAACGGUUAUGACCAUCAGUGGGAUCACUCUGUGGGGAUCGCUGAUUGUUAUAAGUUCUGGUUCUCUGUCAGUCGCUGCAGUGAACCACUCUAAUUCCUGCCUGGUGAAAGCAUCGUUGGUGAUGAAUGUGUUCAGUGCUCUGGUUGCAGGAAUCACACUCAUUCUGUUAAUAAUAGACAUGAUAUUCUUCAUGGACCGGUGUUACUACUCUGAUUACAAUGGAUAUCCCAGCUGUAAUUCCAUCAGGCAUCUGCGGUAUGGAAUCUAUGGAGUGCUCUUUGUAUUCUCUCUACUUGAGUUAAUCAUUUCUAUCUGCACUUCUGCCUUCGCCUGUAACACCACCUGCUGCACUCAAACUCGUCCAAGGUAUGCACCGCCAAUGAAUGCACUACCGAUGAAUGCACAGCCGAUGAAUGCACAGCCGAUGAAUGCACCGCCGAUGAAUGCACAGCCAAUGCAUUCACCGCCGGUGUAUUCACCGCCGAUGUACAACCCUGACUUCUACAACCAACAGGUUCCACAUCAAUCAUCUAUGAACACCAACAAAAAUUUCUAAAGUUAUUUUCUGAAACUUUGCAUACUUUUCCAUUCAAAUCCCUCUUCCUGAUGUCUCUGUGUUCUCUUUAAGCUUUCCAUCGUGUAUCACAUGUCUAAAAAUGACCUGUGCAGAAAUGAAUGUCAAAGGAAUGUUGACUUUUUUUAACCUGUAUGAUUAACUUUCAUAAAAAUUCUCUGACUCACUCUGUAACCGCUUAUAUCCAUUCUUCUCUUUCUAUGACACAUGCGUCAGAGUGACGUGUCAAG